AUGAAUUUUACUUCAAUUUAAUGUCCAUGGACUUAAGAAGAAGAUAAUUUAUUGAAAAAUUGGAUAUCAAUACAUGGUGCAUAAAAAUGGUCUUUAUGUUCUGAAACAAUAAAAGGUCGUAGUGGAAAACAAUGUAGAGAGAGAUGGUUUAAUAAUUUAAGCCCAGAUGUAAAAAGAGGGUUAUGGAGUCCAGAAGAAGAUGAUAUUAUUUUUCGAGGAUAUUUAACAAACGGAUCAUGUUGGAGAAGGACUGAAAAUUCUGUUAAAAAUAGAUUUUAUAGCACUGUUAGGAAAUUAUUAAGUGACUCAGAUAAAAAUCUAAUAAAUAAAAUGACUUAAAAUUAAUUGAAAUUAAUUAUAGAAAACAAAUUAAAUAAUAACAAACUAUUAAGCAAAUUUGGAAUUCGAAUUUCCCUUUAUAAAUGA